UUUAUUCUCUGCACAUCACCACUUAUACUCGGUGCUACAUAUUACCUCUUGAACAGAAUCUCCAAUUUUGUGACUGCAAUUAAAGAAACUUCUCAUCUAACACUUCCUCAUAUUCAUCAUCAACCCAUUGUAUAACCUCCCAGCUCAACAUACACCCCAGAAACAAUCAUGGCAUGGGAUUUGGAGAUCGGAACGCCUUGCUGGGUCGCAACCGGUGACGUCGAGAUGCACAGACAGAGCGUCACGCCCCGUCGAGCUACACCCAAGUACUUCCAAAUCCCUGACAAGAUCGACAUGCCUGGAGCAAUAUACGAAGACCUUCUCGAGGACGUUCGAGAAGGUCUGGAGGAGAUCUUUGAUCACCCAGGCUCCCGUGCACCAUUCAUACCUGGAUAUCAAGAUCGUGCUGAUGCGAUCGCUCGUGCGAAGCUGUUGCGCGAACACGGCCAGAAAUGCCCAAAUGUCAUGAUGGUCCAUCUGAGGCCUCCCUCUGGAGUCAUUUCUCAUCGAGAAUUGAAUGUUUAUGCGCGCAAGGUUGCUUACAAUGGAGAGGGAUUGAGGGUAGCGAAGAAGAAGGUUUAUGUAAUUUGUGAGCCUUUCACCAAGAGAAACAUUGAUCGCGUCGAGCCGGUUCAGUUUGAGUGAUGGGGGUAAUGAGUCGGAAACUGAGUGUGAUAUGGAUGGGACGGGAAUUUCUUUUGUUUGAGGCUCGUUGAUAACAGGACACUGACAGAUUGUGCUAAGGGCUUGGUCUUCGUUGAGACUAUAACAUAUCAGGCCAUGGUGAUACAGAUGAGAUUAAGGGCGGAUCACUUUAUUUACGGCUAUGAUUCUAUCAUACGAUGUUGAUGAUACCGUGCUAAACCCUUGUGAUUCCUGCCCACUGUAGACGACGAUGUCACUCAGAAGAUUGUGUCUGCGUCCAAGAAAGAUUCCCAUGUAGCUCUCCGCUGCCCCAUCACUGUCUGGCGUCAAAAGUAGUCGUCCAUGAGGAUGAUUUUACUGGCGAAAAAGCACCUCAACCUCCGAUAACAGAAUUGCCUUGGCAUGCAUAGCACCGGUGAUACAAGUCGCCUUGAUAGACUCCUCACACUUCGCGAAGUAGAUAUUUCCAUAGGGCUGGGUCCAGUCGUGAAUGCCCGGGAAGAUUUGGGCGGCGUCAAAAUUGUGCCCAAUCCCUUCGAAGAUCAAGGGUUGAUCAGCCGGAUCGACGGUGCGUCGUUCCUCAAGCUGUUCACUCCAUGAAUUGUGGUUAUACACCAGCCAGACAGGAUGUCCAGGCGCAACGGCAUCAACGACAAGGACGUAGUCCGUUCUGGAGUCAUAGUCGUAGUCAGUUUCGGAGUCAUAGUCGUGAGUCGUACCCUUCUUUGCUUUUAUCAAAACCCCAACAAUAUAGAUCAGGGUAGGAAUGGAAUUCCCUGUUCCAGGCAGGGCAGAAGUCUUGAGGGAUUGGAAUGUCCCAUGAAAGUCGUCGGUUAUUGGUUCGUCAUGGCCCAUAGCACAGGCAUUUGGUACGAUGGAAUAAGUGGUCUCGCCAUUGGUAGCCAGAUCAAGAG